AUGGCCUCUGCCCCUGUAUCCGCAGGACCUUCUCGCUCGUCCCCUCAGCGCCAGUUCAUCGACACGAGCCCUUCAACACCAGAUACAAACGCUGAUAUCGAAAGUGACUUUGAAGACGAGUACACCCCUAGCGACGGCUCAGAGAGCGAUUAUGAAUCAGCGAUGAAGGAUCAGGCUCUGAACGAGAAAGAUUUCAAGGGAAAAACCGUCCCGCGUCCCCAUGCACGUACAUCGUCGAGCGACACGCGCAUUCGCGACGGAUCCAAGCCGUGGACAGACCUCGACCUAUCUAUUAUUGUCGCGUGCGUGUCUCCUAUUGGCAACUGGCUUACGGGAGGAGACCAUGUCAAGAAUCUCUUUCUCGUUAUUCUCUUAAUCUUUUAUCUGCAUCAGCUCGUCGAAGUUCCUUGGGGCCUGUAUCAAGCCUCCAGACCCCGUAAGCCGGUCAUUCCUCAUUCAAGUCUACCCGCGAAUCGCGCUGUGGCGCUGGCAGCCACCGAGCUCCGGCAGCAAGAGCUAUUUUUACUUCUGCUGACCAUUGUGUCACCAUUGAUAGGCGCUCUCUUCCUUCAGUACAUGUUGGAUACUCUAGGCGGCGCAGAAUCGCUCUCCUGGUUCAGCACAACUCUCUUUGUGCUCGCAACUGGCAUCAGACCAUGGUCGCACCUUAUCUCUCGCGUCCGAGCUCGCACCACUACACUUCAUGAUGCGAUACAUUAUCCUCCUACUGCAGAGGCGAAGCGCACAGACGAGGAGCUUGCCAAAGUGACCAAGCGCUUGCUUGCUCUCGAGGAAGAGAUGAAAGAGCUUCGCGAACGUGCAGCACAUGGGGCACGUCUGCAGGUCGUCUGUGACGACCUGAGCGAAGCUCUUGGCAAUCUUGAGAGAGGCACAAAACGCAACGAGCGCAAGGCAGAUUCGGCUCGAGUUGCAUUCACGAGUAGGCUUGCCGCUCUGGAGAAAGGACUUGUGCAGCUAGACCAGAAUCGGAGACUUGAUAUGGAUGCUCUCAAGACGGCGCACGCAUACAGCCCACCGGUCUACCUCGUUGUGUACAAACGACUGAGAAGCUAUGUCGCGCCGUUUGCGACUGGCCUGUUACGCCUCCCCAUGGUGAUUUGGACGCUCGGCUCACUGGACGUGGAUGCGAAAAGACCCGACAAGUAUGGCGGCAAUGGCAGUGAUGCUGGUGUCGUCCGGAAUGGCAUCCUCAAAAAUGCCAGUGUUAACGGGAAUGUCUCGUUGGUUCGUACACCAAGCGGACAACAUUCGGGGUCUCCGCAUCUGCCGACCAUUCAAGAAGUGCGCUCUGAUGUAGAAGCUGACGUGGAAGCGGAUUCCGACGGCACAUAUGUCUCGGAGAAGGAGAAGGGAGAGCCGCUGUCACCUGCCAUAAAUCCCAAAGAAAGGCUCGUAAAGAGGGUCCGGAGCAGGAGCAGGAGCAGGAGUGGGGGCAGCGGAAGCACAAGAAGCUCAAUGGGCCGUAUGCGCAGAAUGCCUUCAUUUCACGAGUGGGCUUUCGAGUUGGCACAGAGUAUAGUGCUAUGGCCAUACCACGCGAGCGUCCGCAUUCUGGUCGCGAUUGCGCCACCAGUACACCGGAUUCUGAAGAGUUUUCGUGCCUGA